AAUUGUUUUAUUAUUUGCUUUGUUCAGAGAUUUGGCUGCUCUGAUGAGAAGGGUUUGAAGGGUUGGAAAUGGACCAGGAUGAUCGUUCUCCAUUAAAGCACUUUGUGCUGGCCAAAAAGAAGAUUGGUGAUGUUUUUGAGCAGCUUUUAGAUUAUGUCAAAGAGGGCACAGAGUUUGUGAAAGAUACCUGUCUGAAUGAGUCGUUGGAGAAUAUUGCAAACAGGAGCCAGUUGGACCACAUAGAAACAUACACAAACAAACUGUCCACCAUUAAAGGACAUAUGAAGGUGGCCUUUUUCGGCAGAACAAGCAAUGGCAAGAGCACAGUUAUCAAUGCCAUGCUGCAUGACCGUGUGCUGCCCAGUGGCAUCGGUCACACGACCAACUGCUUCCUGAGUGUAGAGGGCACAGAUGAAGACAAGGCUUAUCUGAAGACCGAGGGCUCAGAAGAGAAGAAAAGUAUCAAGGUAUUGAUGACAACUUUUCUCAGAAUGUACGUAAUGAAUGUUCGAUUCCCCUUUCUUAUAGGUGAAGUGUGUCAUUUUUUGUGUAAUUUUUUUAUCAAUUGUCCUGGAACUGAUGUCACCACACAACUGGGCAGCUGGAUUGACAUGUUUUGCCUAGACGCUGAUGUGCUUGUGCUGGUGGCAAACUCCGAAUCUACAUUAAUGAACACGGAGAAGCAUUUCUUCCACAAAGUGAAGGAACGGCUCUCAAAGCCCAACAUCUUCAUCCUGAACAAUUGCUGGGACGCGUCUGCUGCCGAGCCUGAAUACAUGGAGGACGUGUGUAAGCAGCACAAAGACAGGUGUGUGAAAUUUCUGGUGGAGGAGCUGAAGGCAACCAACCACAUUUUCUUUGUGUCGGCGAAGGAGGUGCUGAACUCGUGGAUGCAGUGGGUGCAGGGUAUACCAGAGACUGGUGGCGCUCUCGUUGAUGGGUUUCAGGAGAGACUGAAGGAGUUCCAGGACUUUGAGAGAACGUUUGAGGAGUUUAUCUCACAUUCAGCAAAGUUUGAGCAGCAUAUGAUCAGAGCAAAGCAGAUCACUGAAUGUGUCAAAGACAUCAUGGAUCAAAUCAACAUUGCCGCUGUGGAGAACCGCAAGAGUCUGUUUGCUGAGGAAGAACCCAUGAUGUCCAUGGUAAACAUCGUGGCUGUCAUGUCCUGCACAUCUAUAGGCGUGAUCAUCGCUGGAGGAGCGGUGCGUUUAAAAGUAGGCUGGCAUCUGAUCGCUCUCUCCAUGAGUCUGUAUGGAAUGCUGCACCUGUAUGAAAGACUCACCUGGACCACCAAGGCCAAGGAAAGAGCCCUGAAGAGACAGUUUGUGGAUUACGCCACUGAGAAGCUUCAGCUGAACAACAGUUUCACCAGUGCAAACUGCAGCCGUUAAGUCCAGCAGGAGAUCGACAGCACAUUCACUCGACUCUGUCAACAGGUUGACAUCACACAGAAGGACUUAGAGAACGACAUUCAGCGCCUUACCGCCAAGAUCCCACAGCUGGAAACUGUACAGAGCCGAUCUAAAGUGCUCAGACAUAAAGCCACCGAUCUGGAAAAGCAGUUGGAGGAUUUCAGCUCUCAGUAUCUGCAUCCUCAGCUCUGAUUCUGAGUCCACACAGAUGCUUGGCUUCAUCAAGGGCGUGAUGUUAUCCGUGAACACUGAUCAGAUUUUGUACAUUUGACUUUUCAUUACAAAGCCUAAUUUAAAAAAAAACAUUUAUUGGUAGAAUUUCAAUGAAUUGAACCCCCAGAUCAUCACCAAUCCUCCACCAAAUUGCACAGUGGAUUCGAGACACUGUGGCUUAAGGGCCUCUCCAGAUCUCCAUCUAACCAUUAGAUGACCAGGUGGAGGAUCGUGAUGAUCUGGGGGUGCUUCAGCAAGGCUGGAAUUGGGCAGAUUUGUCUUUGUGAAGGACGCAUGAAUCAAGCCACAUACAAGGUUAUCCUGGAAGAAAACUUGCUUCCUUCUGCUCUGACAAUAUUCCCCAACUCUGAGGAUUGUUUUUUCCAGCAGGACAAUGCUCCAUGCCACACAGCCAGGUCAAUCAAGGUGUGGAUGGAGGACCACCGGAUCAAGACCCUGUCAUGGCCAGCCCAAUCUCCAGAUCUGAACCCCAUUGAAAAUCUCUGUGAUCAAGAGGAAGAUGGAUGGACACAAGCCAUCAAACAAAGCUGAGAUGCUUGGAUUUUUGCACCAGGAGUGGCAUAAAGUCACCCAACAGCAAUGUGAAAGACUGGUAGAGAGUAUGCCAAGAUGCAUGAAAGCUAUGAUUGAAAAUCAGGGACAUUCCACCAAAUAUUGAUUUCUGAACU